UUUUUUAAAACGAUUGUAUUAUUGAAAAUUUCACUUUUGAUACAAUUUGUGCUAAAAAAAAAAAAAAUUCAAAGGAGACAAUCAUAUUUAGACGGAGAGGACAGAGUAUCAACUAUGUUAGAUUUAUACGCUAGCUUUUGUAAAAGUAUAUUGUAUUCAUAAUGUAACACGGUUGAUACGCGAGAUAUCUCAUUUAAGCACAUAUAGUUUUUAAUUUAAUUUUUUCCCAACCAACCAAUCCUCGCGACUUCAGGAGGAAGAGUCUAAUCAUAGACAUUCAUAGUUAUUAAGUUGUAAAAGGUUCCAAAGGAAAAAAAAAGAAGGUUUCUAACCAUUUUACGUUAUGAAAUGUAUGCACAUAGACUUUGCUAUAAAUGCGAUAAAUGUGUGGGAGCCUUUUAAUAGUGAAUUAUUACCUCGUAUUUUUCUUCUACAAUUUCUCAAGCUCACCCUCUACCCUUUGUUAUUUUUUUUUAUUUUCUUCUCCUUUUUUUUCUUCUUAUGUUUCUUUCGUGAAACUCAAGGGAAAAAAACGAUUUUUUUUUUCUUCCUUCUUCGGUCCCAGGAUUCAAGUAAGUUCUUCACCUUUUUCGUGAUUCAUAUUCUUAUUGAACACUUGAAUUAGUUUUGAUUUUACGUUUAAGUAUUACUUUUCCAUGCGAAUUCAUUUACGUUAUAUGUGCAAACAUUUAAUGAAUGUAAUUAAAGAAAACAUUGAAGCUAAGAAGGCGAAUGCAUUAAAAACUUUGCUUCUGCAAAGAGGAUUUUAAAAUUAUAAGGUGAUGUUGCAUUUAAAUCAAAGCCAAAGGAACCAUCCUAGAAUCCUGUCUUUUUUUUUUUUUUUGCUCAAACAUUAACAUGCAUUACAUCAACAAUGAACAUAACUUAAUUAGGUGUUCAAUCUACACAAAUAAGGAGGAAAAAAAACAAGAAAAAGAAAAAGAAGAGAAAACAAAGAAAUUCUGUGUGAAACAACAUUGUGAAAUCUUGAGCAUACCUAAUUCCUCUGCAUGGGCUGUUCUGUUAAUGUGAUAGGAAGAAGAAAAUGAUCAGGCAAUUGCUUCUGUACUUCUUAUUGAUCCAAAUAACCCUUGUAGCUGCAAGGGGAAAGGGCCGAGGAGGAGGAGGAGGAGGUGGCGGAGGAGGAGGAAUUCCACCUCCCACCAAAAAAUGGCUGACUUUAAGUGGUGCUGAGCCAAAGGUAGUAGCCAGGGGAGGAUUCUCUGGAGUUGUGCCGGAGUCCAGUGAGGUUGCUUAUAAUUUGGCGGUGCAAACCGCCUCGGAUUCUACUAUUUUGCUGUGUGAUCUCCAAUUCACCAAGGAUCUUCAAGCGUUUUGCCUGUCUAGUGUGAACCUUGAAAAUGCAACCACCAUUACCCAAAGUUUCCCAGACGUAAAACCGAAGACCUACAAUUUGAAUGGAAAAGAUGUAACAGGAUACUUUGGGGUGGAUUUUACAUUGGACGACCUCCAGAAGAAUGUAGCAUUGGUGCAAAGUAUUUUCUCUAGAUCACCAAGUUUCGAUGGCGCAUUUCUUUUGUAUGCGCCAUAUGAACUCACCACUGUGAAGGGUUCUCUGAGUCUGUGGCUAAAUGUUGAGUAUCCUAGCUUCUAUGAUGGAUUGAAAAUCAGCCCAUCUUCGUAUGUUCUAGACACACUCCCAGACUUGGCUCCUUCAGCCAUUUCAUCACCUGAGGUUGCAUUCUUGAAGGCCGUAUCAACAACGGUGGACAAAGCCCUGACUAAGAUCUAUCUCAAGGUCACAAACUUGACAGAUAUUGAACCGACCACUAAACAAACUUACGCCGCGCUUUUGAAGGAUGUCAAGACAAUCAAGACAUAUGCAUCAGGAGUUGUUCUCCCAAAAGAUAGCAUAUGGCCUGUUAAUGCGGCAAGGAUUUUGCAGCCGGCUACCAGUUUGGUAACCGAUCUCCACAAAGAAGGUCUUGAAGUGUUUGCUUCUGGCUUCGCAAAUGAUAACUUCUUGAGCUACAAUUAUAGCUAUGAUCCCACCAGGGAAUAUUUGCAGUUUGUAGACAAUUCUCAGUUUUCAGUUGAUGGGGUCAUAACAGAUUUCCCUGCCACUGGAGCAGAGGCGAUUGUGUGCUUAGCUCAGAACCAAAAUGCUUCCAGAGUAACCAAAACUUUGAUCAUAACCCAUGAUGGUGCUAGUGGAGAUUAUCCUGGAUCCACUGAUCUAGCCUACCAGAAGGCAAUCGAUGAUGGUGCUGAUAUAAUUGACUGUUCUGUUCAAAUGUCAAAAGAUGGAACUGCCUUCUGCUUGCCUUCAGUUGAUCUCACAGGAACCACCACUGCGACCUCCCUUUUCUUGGACCGAUCCACUAAAAUUCCUGAAGUCCAAGAAAAGAAUGGAAUCUUCUCCUUCGAUCUCACAUGGAGCGAAAUUCAAUCGCUAAAGCCCCAAGUUAUGAGUGUUUUUGAUGGUGGUCUUGUUCGAAAUCCUGAAAACAAGAAUGCUGGGAAGUUUGUCACCCUUGCUGAGUUCUUGGAUCUUGCUAAGACUAAGGCAGUUCCUGGAGUUCUAAUAAAUAUUCAGAAUGCUGCUUACCUAGCAUCAAACAAAGGUUUGGACAUAGUUGUUGCUGUCACCACUGCCUUGAGCAAUGCCACUUUUGAUAAGCAGGCGACUCAGAAAGUAUUGAUUCAGUCUGAUGACAGUUCAGUGCUACUGAAGUUCCAGGAUGUGAAGAGCUAUCAGAAGGUACUCACGAUCGAUGACGAUAUAAGUGGUGCAACAAAGCAAACAGCAGAUGAGGUAAAAAAAUAUGCUGAUGCAAUCCGAGUGUUCAGAAAUUCCAUUGUUCUGGACUAUCCGAGCCCUGUGUUCAUGUCAUUGGGUUUCAGCAACCUUGUUGAUGUUAUGCAUGCUGACAAUAUCUCGGUAUACGUUGGUGUUCUCAGAAAUGAGUACCAAAACUUCUUGUUCGAUUACUACGCUGAUCCCUAUGUUGAACUUGCAACAUUGACUCAGAAAGGAGUUGAUGGUGUAACAACUGAUUAUCCUGCCACAGCAAGUGCAUACAUGAAGUCCCCCUGUUCCAACCCGAAUGCCAAGGGAUUCUCAAUAUUGCCGAUCACUCCAGGCGACAUGUUUACCCAACUGGUUACAGCAAAACCUCCAGAAGCUGCACCACCUGUACCUCUCCUUGACACUGCAGAUAUCGUCGAUCCGCCACUACCACCAGUCACCAAGAUUACAGAUACUGCAACUCCUGGAUCCCCUUCAUCGGGCUCCAACAGCAGCAAUAGCUCCCUUCCUGCUGAAGCACCAAAAUCUUCGAGCUCAACCAUUGCUAGCAACACAAUCUUUACCAUCUCAGUAAUGGCAGUAGUACUUGCUCUUCUAGGUAGCAGUAUCAAAUAUUAGACCUGAAGCUAAACGCAUUUUGUACAAUGCCAUUCGUUUCCUCUAUGUAAUAUUAUACAUACAUUUGAGUACUACUAAAAAGAUCUGAUUUACAUGUAGAAACAACUUCACUCGCACCUUUAACUGCAAAACAAUUCUGCGGAUGUAUGUAUCAGUUUUCAAAGUUAUACAUUAUCUGAGUAGAGUUGUAAAGGUUGGUUCAUCCACUAUAAUUCCAAAACAUAUUCAAGC